AUGGUCACAGAACUUCCCUACGCCCUCGACGCAGAGACGCCUCUGAACCCCUCAGAGCUCAGCGUCCUGCGCGCCCAAUUCGAGAAGGAAGGCGAAAUGGUCGGCGUCCAGACCAAGUUCAACUACGCUUGGGGCCUUGUCAAAUCAAACAACCGCAACGACCAACAGCUCGGCGUCCGCCUCCUCUCCGACAUCUUCCGCGUCUCCCCCGAGCGCCGCCGCGAGUGCCUCUACUACCUCGCCCUCGGCAACUACAAGCUCGGCAACUACGGCGAGGCCCGCCGCUACAACGACCUCCUCCUCGACAAGGAGCCCGCCAACCUCCAGGCCACCGACCUGCGCCAGCUCAUCGACGACAAGGUCGCCAAGGAGGGGCUGCUCGGCGUCGCCAUUAUUAGCGGCAUUGGCAUCGCGGCCGGUGUUGUCGGUGCGUUUCUGUUGAGGAAUGCCAAGAGGAGGUGA